AGGCUGGUUGAAGGAGUUGCCUAUGAAAGCUACUUCAUCUGCAAGAAAACAGGCGUCUGCACCAGUGACUGGGCCAGUGCUCUAAAAUGAGUCUCUCUGGGGAGAGAGAGGAGGGGGGCCCUGCCUCUGAAAUGCAUCUCUCUGGGAAGAGAGAGGAGGGGAGUCCUGCCUCUAAAAUGAGUCUCUCUGUGGAGAGAGAGGAGGGGGGCCCUGCCUCUAAAAUGAGACACUCUGAGGAGAGAGAGGAGGGGGGCCCUGCCUCUAAAAUGAGUCUCCCUGAGGAGAGAGAGGAGGGGGGCCCUGCCUCUAAAAUGAGUCUCUCUGGGGAACAUGACAUCAAACCUAAGAGUCCAAUCAAGCAGGAGAGACCAGCCUCCCCUGUUCCCAGCUGUGUGUCCAUGAAGAGUGACCAGUCUAUGGUUCAACCUAUACAGUUUAGAGAGGGAGACUUUUCUACUGAACAAAGAAACCAACAGGAGAGAUCAGAGUCAGAGAUUCUCAGUGUUCAGUCUUCCCAGAGUCAUCAAACAGACCUGGCCUCCAUAUUCAGUUUGCUUGAGGAGAAAAUUAUGACAUUUGUGAAGAACGAGCUGAAGAUGUUCAAGAAGAUUCUUAGUCCAGAACUCCCACAAGGCUUUGAGAGUCAGAAGCAGGAUAAGGAAGUGGAGGAUGCUGAAGAUGAGAAGCAGGAGAGCAGUGCCAGAGAGGGGGCUCUGAAGAUCACACUGCACAUCCUGAGGAAAAUGAACCAGAAGGAGCUUGCUGACACACUGGAGAAAUAUGAGCUUGCUGUGAUUUGCCAACGUGAACUCAAAUCUAAUCUAAAGAAGAAGUUUCAAUGUGUAUUUGAGGGGAUCGCUAAACAAGGAAACCCAACACUUCUCAACAAGAUCUACACAGAGCUCUACAUCACAGAGGGUGGAACAGGAGAGGUCAAUAAUGAACAUGAGCUGAGACAGAUUGAGACAACGACCAGGAAACAAGCAAGACCAGAGACUGCAAUCAAAUGUAACGACAUCUUCAAACCCUUAACUGGACAAGACAAACCUAUCAGAACUGUGCUGACAAAGGGAGUCGCUGGCAUUGGAAAAACAGUCUCUGUGCAGAAGUUCAUUCUGGACUGGGCUGAAGGAAAAGCAAAUCAGGAUGUCCAAUUUGUAUUUUCAUUCCCUUUUCGGGAGCUGAAUUUGAUGAAAGAGGACAAACACACUUUCAUUGAACUUCUUAAUCACUUCUCAAUGGAAACCAAACAAUCAGGAAUCUCCAUCUACAACAAGUACAAAGUUCUGUUCAUCUUUGAUGGUCUGGAUGAGUGCCGACUGCCCCUAGACUUCCAGAAGAACAAGAUCUGUUGGGACGUCACAGAGUCAACCUCAGUGGAUGUUCUGCUGACAAAUCUCAUCAAGGGAAAUCUGCUUCCGUCUGCUCUCCUCUGGAUAACUACUCGACCUGCAGCAGCCAAUAAGAUCCCUUCAGGGUGUGUUGACCAGGUGACAGAGGUACGAGGGUUCAAUGACCCACAGAAGGAGGAGUACUUCAGGAAGAGAUUCAGUGAUGAGGACCUGGCCAGCAGAAUUAUCUCACACAUAAAGACAUCCAGGAGCCUCCACAUCAUGUGCCACAUUCCAGUCUUCUGUUGGAUAUCUGCAACAGUUCUUGAGCACAUGCUGAAACAUAAGAGAGAAGAGAUGCCCAAGACUCUGACUGAGAUGUACACACACCUUGUGGUGUUUCAUACCAAACAGAAGAAUGAAAAGUAUUUUGGGAAAGAAGACACAGGUUCACACUGGAAUAAAGAGAGCAUUCUGUCACUGGGAAAACUGGCUUUUCAACAGCUUGUGAAUGGCAAUCUGAUUUUCUAUGAAGAAGACCUGAAAGAGGCUGGCAUUGAUGUCAAUGAAGCCUCAGUGUACUCAGGAUUGUGCACACAGCUCUUUAAAGAGGAACGUGGGCUGUACCAGGACAAGGUGUACUGCUUUGUUCAUCUGAGCAUUCAGGAGUUUCUGGCUGCUGUAUAUGUGUUCCUCUCAUUCAUCAACAACAAUCAGAAUCUAAUGGACAAACUGCAAUCAACGUCCAGGAACUUUUCUGUGAGGAUCAAACAAAGGCGUAAAGUUACUUUCUACAAGAGUGCUGUGGAUAAAGCCUUACAAAGUGAGACGGGAAACCUGGACCUUUUCCUCCGCUUCCUUCUGGGCCUCUCACUGGAGUCCAAUCAGAAGCACUUACGAGGUCUACUGACAAAGACAAGAAGCAGCUCACAGAGCCAUGAAGAAACAGUCGAGUACAUCAAGGAGAAGAUCAGGAAGAAUCUCUCUCCAGAGAGGAGCAUCAAUCUGUUCCACUGUCUGAAUGAACUGAAUGACCAUUCUCUAGUGGAGGAGAUCGAAAGAUACCUGAGAUCAGGAAGUCUCUCAGAACCCAACCUGUCACCUGCACAGUGGUCAGCUCUGGUCUUUGUGUUGCUGACUUCAGAAAAGGAGCUGGAUGUGUUUGACCUGAAGAAAUACUCCAGAUCAGAGGAAGGUCUUCUGAGGCUGCUGCCAGUGGUCAAAGCCUCCAGAGCUGCUCUGCUGUCAGGCUGUCUGGUCACAGAGGAAGGCUGUGCUUCUCUGGUCUCAGCUCUGAGGUCAAACCCCUCACACCUGAGAGAGUUGGAUCUGAGUAACAACGACCUGAAGGAUUCAGGAGUGAAGCUGCUCUCUGCUGGACUGGGGAAUCCCCACUGUAAACUGGAGACUCUGAGGCUGUCAGGCUGUCUAGUCACAGAGGAAGGCUGUGCUUCUCUGAUCUCAGCUCUGAGGUCAAACCCCUCACACCUGAGAGAGCUGGACCUGAGCUACAAUCACCCAGGAGACUCAGGAGUCAGACUGCUCUCUGCUGGACUGGAGGAUCCACACUGCAGACUGGAGAAACUCAAUGUGGAACAUGGUGGAGAGAACAGGAUGAAACCUGGACUUAGAAAAUAUGUCUGUGAUCUCACACUGGACCUAAACACAGUAAACAGACACCUCUCUCUGUCUGAGGAGAACAGAAAGGUGACAUGGAGGACAGAGGAGCAGCCGUAUCCUGAUCACCCGGAGAGAUUUGAGGACUGUAGACAGGUGCUGUGUAGAGAGGGUCUGACUGGGCGCUGUUAUUGGGAGGUAGAGUGGAGUGGGAAGGGGGCUGAUAUAGGAGUGACAUAUAAAGGAAUCAACAGGAGAGGAAGGGGUGAUGACUGUUGUCUUGGAUACAAUGACAAGUCCUGGAGUCUGUUCUGCUCAGACAGUUACAGAGCCAGGCACAAUAAUAAACUCACUACCAUAGAGGUCCCCCCCUCCAGCCCUCACAGAGUAGGAGUGUAUCUGGACUGGCCAGCCGGCACUCUGUCCUUCUAUAGAGCCUCCUCUGACACACUGACCCACCUGAUCACAUUCACCUCCACAUUCACUGAGCCCCUCUAUCCAGGGUUUUGGGUUUGGGAUGAUGGUGAAUCAGUGUUCCUCUGUCAGUGACACACUGGACACAACAACUAAAGCUCUAAAGUAACUUUUUAUUGACAGAUGCCUCAUUUAAAUGUUCUGGAUGUUGAUGAAAGGAAAUCCCAUAAAGCCUACUGGACAGGACUUUAUUAUAGCAUCUUCUGAUUGGGUGUCUCAGGUCAGGACUUUGUUAUGACAUCUUCUGAUUGGGUGUCUCAGGUCAGGACUUUGUUAUGACAUCUUCUGAUUGGGUGUCUCAGAUCAGGACUUUGUUAUGACAUCUUCUGAUUGGGUGUCUCAGGUCAGGACUUUGUUAUGACAUCUUCUGAUUGGGUGUCUCAGGUCAGGACUUUGUUAUGGCAUCUUCUGAUUGGGUGUCUCAGGUCAGGACUUUGUUAUGACAUCUUCUGAUUGGGUGUCUCAGGUCAGGUCUGAGACAUGAUCAGAAUGUGUCUGUCUAUUUCCAGCCCUGCCAUUUCUACCUGUCCUGAUCUAGUGUUUGACCCCUGACCUCCUCACACCGUCUCACUGUCCAUGUCUGCUUUUAGCUCCCACCUCUACUUCACUGUGUUAUAAUGGACCUUAUGCUUGUUAUGUCACCUCUGUAACCAGGUAUCAAACAUACUGACCUUUCUGACCCUGUCCCAUGGCCCUACUUCACUGUGUUAUAAUGGACCUUAUGCUUGUUAUGUCACCUCUGUAACCAGGUAUCAAACAUACUGACCUUUCUGACCCUGUCCCAUGGCCCUACUUCACUGUGUUAUAAUGGACCUUAUGCUUGUUAUGUCACCUCUGUAACCAGGUAUCAAACAUACUGACCUUUCUGACCCUGUCCCAUGGCCCUACUUCACUGUGUUAUAAUGGACCUUAUGCUUGUUAUGUCACCUCUGUAACCAGGUAUCAAACAUACUGACCUUUCUGACCCUGUCCCAUGGCCCUACUUCACUGUGUUAUAAUGGACCUUAUGCUUGUUAUGUCACCUCUGUAACCAGGUACCAAACAUACUGACCUUUCUGACCCUGUCCCAUGGCCCUACUUCACUG